CUUACAGCAGGCAGGUUCAAAAAGGAAAAAGCAAGUGAAAGUGAUUGCAGGUUGGAGUCGAAGUGCCAGGUUUCGACAAUAUAUUCUUGAUUUUUAAGAAACACAGCGUCUGAGAAGAGAACAUGGAUCUGGAUACACAGAUUAAGGAGCUUGAGACCGACCUUAAGGAAGUGCAGGGAUUCUUGGAGACGUCGACCAGAAAGCGAGUGCAAACUCUUCUAAAACAAGAGCAACAAAAGCUGGAACGGGAGCUCACACAGAAACGACACCUGAAGGAGCAACAAGCCAAGCGGUCGUCUGGAGAUUCGUCAGAUGCACCUGCGAAGGCAUACACCGUCAAAAUCAAUAAUUACGGUUGGGACCAGUCCGAGAAAUUUGUGAAAAUCUAUAUCACGCUGAAGGGAGUGCAUACCAUUCCAGCUGAAAAUGUUGAGGUUACCUUCACUGAAAAGUCCUUCUUCCUCUGUGUUAAGAGAUUGGAUGGGAAAAAUCAUGAAAUGACAAUCAAUAACCUCUUGUGUCCCAUUGAUGUCCAAGAAAGCAGCCGAAAGGUGAAAACUGACAUGGUCCUCAUCAUGUGUCGGAAGGCUGCAGUUAAGAAGUGGGACUGUCUAACACAAGUGGAGAAGAAGUCAAAAGAUAAAGACAAGCCCAGUCUUGAGGAGAACGCUGACCCAAGCGAUGGCCUAAUGACCAUGCUGAAGAAGAUGUACACCGAGGGGGAUGACGAGAUGAGGCGCAGCAUCAACAAGGCCUGGUCAGAGUCCCAGGAGAAGAGGGGCAGAGGGGAUGGGAUGGAUGGGAUGGGCGGAAUGACCGGAAUGGGCGGGAUGACCGGAAUGGGCGGAAUGAACUUCUGAGUCUUCCUCUAUCCUUCCUCUGGGCGGCAGCUCUCUCUUACACACACACACACACACACACACACACACUACAGAGGUGUAGGUUUGGCUUGGAAAGUGGUGGGGACAUUAGAAUGGCAAAUUGUCCGGAUAUGCUAUUUUUUCAUAUUUGUGAAAAAGUGGUGGGCACAAGCUAUCUUUAUCACGAGUGGUAUGGACAUGUCCCCACCAUCCACACCUAAUGUUACGCCCAUGCCACACACACAUUCCUGAACUCUCAAUAAGGGUGACAGGUCAGAGCCACUCUUCAUUCUCCUCUUUGCAGAGCUAGUCAUGACAUUCCAUGUAAGUUUCAUCAUAUUAUUUUUUCGAAUUCUGUUUUUAGCUUUUUUUCUGUUUGACAUAACCAAAUUGGGAUAGUUGUGGUCUGUUGUUUGUGUUUUUACACACAAAAAAGGAAUGACCAUUUUAUUUGUUUCAUAAACAAAUGGACCGGAAUGGAAUGAAACUAAUGACAACAUUUUUAAAUGGCAAAAAAAAAAAUCUGUUCCAUUGCCUAUAGACAUUGAAGUCUCCUUGUCAACCUGUUGUAUGCAUGGCUGACUCAUUUGAUCGGUAACAACACCUUAUUUUAGUGUUACAUCUGUUGGCACUAAUACAUACAAUCUGCCUGUAUAAGUAACUUGUAAGGCAUGUACAAAGCAAAAUCAAACAUUUGCUAGGCAGUUAUUCGCAAAUGUCUUGUUCAUGCACAAUAAGGGAUUUAUUACCAAUAUAACCUUAGUAAGGACCUAGUAGGCCGUAGCUUUUGCUUUGUACAUGACUUACAAGUUACUUAUGCGGGCAUUAACAUUGUAUGUAUUAGUGCUAAUAGAUGUAACUCUAACAUAAAGUGUUACUCAUUUGGUCCCGGGGGAUGUUGCCAACUCUUCCCUCUGGACUUUUGCACGAUUGGAUUGCUGACGCUGUUUGUCAUUGUUGAUCAUGGGUUUGUUAAAUUUGUUGAAAUGAUAAACUAUGGAUGACUGAGAA